UCUCGCGUUGCGGCCAGCCCUCUUUGCAUCCCGUCGAUUGCUCGCCGGUCCCCACUUGAGCAAGAUCUCGCCAUCACCAGCCGCCGUCGUCGCCGUCAUGUCGUACUCUGCGGCGCUCCCAUCGACCCGAGCGCACGCCCGGAAGCUCGCUGAUUUCAUCUUGCGUGCCGAGGGCAAGUGCACCGUUCUAACGGGUGCCGGGGUCAGCACCGACAGCGACAUCCCUGACUACCGAGGACCGAACGGCGUCUAUGUCCGGAACAAAGACUACAAGCCGAUUCAGUAUCAGGAAUUCAUGGGCAGACACUAUUCCCGUCAACGUUACUGGGCCCGAUCGUAUCUGGGCUGGCCCAAGAUCGCAAGGGUUUCCCCCAACGAGACGCACCUGGCCAUUGCCGAGAUCGAGAAGCGCGGGCUCAUGGACUCGGGGCUGAUUACGCAGAAUGUCGAUGGCUUGCAUCGAAACUUCAAAACACUCGAGCUCCAUGGGACACUGCAUCAGGUGCAUUGCACCUCGUGCAAGCACACCGUUCCAAGAGAGGAGUUCCAGCAAGAACUGGCAAGACUGAACCCGAUCGUGAGCAUGUGGGCUGCCCACAAUCCCGAGAAGCUCCAGGGUGAUGUUGCUUCGUCGACACCCAUGAAUCCCGACGGAGACACCGAGUAUCAAUGGGACUACAGCCAAUUCGUGUACCCGUCGUGUGUCAAGUGUGGAUCGGUUUACAAGCCCAGCGUCAUCUUCUUUGGCGAAAACAUCUCCGCACAUGACCGCGACCGAUCCUUCUCGAUGGUCGAUGACGGCAACGCUCUGCUGGCCAUCGGCACCUCGCUCCAGGUCUACAGCUCCUUCCGGCUGGUCCAACGAGCCGCCAAGGACCACAAGCCCAUCACCAUCCUGAAUCUCGGCGAGACCCGUGGCGACCCUCUCGCGACCCUCAAGAUCGAGAGCAGAUCGAGUCACGUCUUGGCAGAGACUUUGGAUCUGCUUUGAGAUUGCGGUUUGUGGAACGAGUGCGAACAACGGGGCUCCCCUGAUGGCUCGGCGGGUUGAAAGUUUCGAGGAGAGCGGGGCGGAGAAACACUCCAGUACAUCUGCCAAAGCAGCACUG